UAAAAGUUCUAGGGUUUAUGAAUGCCAAAUGGGAAGAAUCAAUGUAGGGGGGUGUGUGCCCGUGGAAGAUGGGACGAGCUUGAGCUACCAGGAAUUCCGCGAGCGCUAUCUCCUGCCUAACAAGCCCGUGCUUGUCACGGGAUUGAUGGAGCACUGGCGGGCGUCUAGGGACUGGGUGGACGACCAUGGCAAACCCGACCUCGAGUUUCUUGCUCGCAACUUUGGCGGCUCCAAGAUCCAGCUCCUCCAGGUUGCAGACUGUGGCGAGAGAGAAUUCACGGACCAGAAGCGUUUGGAGAUGACGGUGUCUGAGUUUGUGACGCAUUGGAAGAGCGACGAUCCUGAGCGCCGAGCGUUGCUCUAUCUCAAGGAUUGGCACUUUGUCAAGGAGUUUCCAGACUAUGGCGCUUAUGAAACUCCGAUCUUUUUCUCUGACGAUUGGCUCAACCAAUUUCUAGACUCAAACUCCUGGCAUAGCUCCGGCGAUACCGUGCCUUCUUCCGACUAUCGUUUCGUCUAUAUGGGACCAGCAGGUACAUGGACUCCAUUGCACGCCGACGUUUUCAGGUCUUAUAGCUGGUCUGGAAAUGUGUGUGGAAGAAAACGCUGGCAUCUCUUGCCACCGGAGCAAACUCCAUUUUUGUUUGACAGGCACAAAAAGAACACCGUGUAUGAUAUCUAUGGAACGGUGGACGAGUUUCCAGAUUUUUCCAAGACGAGUUGGACGGAGUGCAUCCAAAAUCCAGGCGAUAUCAUCUUUGUUCCGAGUGGAUGGUAUCACCAAGUAACCAAUCUGGAAGACGUGAUCUCGAUCAAUCACAACUGGUUCAACGCCUGCAAUCUCCAUUGGGUGUGGCGUCUCCUUGAAGAUGAUUACAGAGACACUGUUGCUUCAAUUGAGGACGUAAGAGACAUCAGCGACGAUUUUGAAACGCUCUGCCAGCGGAAUCUUGCAGCAAACUCAGGCAUGAACUACAAGGAUUUCGUGGUCUUUCUCGCUGGAAUCCUGGAGAUGAUACUGGACAGAAAAGACAAUACUUACCUUUCAUUUGAUCUACUCAGCGUGAAAUCAGUCUUGCUGAAUGUUGUCUCAGCUAGAGUGCACCAAGAUUUGUGUGAUUACGUAAUAGGACUUUUGAGUAAAAUACAAACAAUCCUAGAAACGAUGUAGUUUAUUCCUCAUAUUCAUUAAUUUAAGAUAAGUAGUAGUUAAUUGCA